ACGAAUUACAGCAGCACACUGGUCAGCAUAGCAGAGCGUGUACAGAGCCGCAAGCAGCAGCUGGGAGGCGCUUUGUGUGGGCACUGGAGGAGCUAGAUUGCUCUGAUUGUAGCCAGGGAGGAGCCGGUUGCAUUGGCAAGUUGCAGGCAACCUGCUUUCUGAUGUGGUUGUAUUGGCGGAAGGGCUUUGUGGCACAAGAAAGAGUCCUUGAUCAGAGUGGAGUAGCGCCUCAAUCGUGCAUCAACGCCUGAUUUUGGAAGGUGGCUCAAGAAAAGUGUAGUAAGCAAGUAAAAUUGUGCAGAGAAACGGAUCUCUUCUGCGGUGAGAAGCCCGUGUCAGCCAGCCGACCAAUUAACCAGCUGGCAUUUCCACGCUUAUCAACAGGGCACUAGGAAAACAGCGCCAGCUCUCAUUUUGUACACACAGGGCAGAACUUGAAGAGUCACAAUUUAGGGGGGCCAGAAGUGGUGACAGGAGGUGCAACGUGCAAACGUGCCCAGAUGAUGCCGCGUGCUUCUUACCUUGUCCAGAGAGAAGGCAGUCUUAGUUGAGGAAGUGAAGAAGCGCAGGCGGUGCGAUGGCGGAGCUGAGUGCGAUUGAAGCGAAGGAGGCCGCCGUGAAAGAGGUGGCCAAGCUGCUGCCCCUUCCAGAAAACCUCGCCAGCAUUGCUGCGCUGAAGGCAGACUUUGCACAGAGGCAGCAGGCAAAUGACGCGCAGUUGAGUACAAGCGUGAUGACCCAGGUGGAGCAAGCAAAGGCUGGAAUGGACGUGUUGGCGGCCUCCCAAGCAACCAUUGGGGAGCUUCGAGAUGCGUUCAUGCUCAUUGACAAGCUGUGCACUGAGUGUAAGAACCUGAUCGACCACCACGACCAGAUCAACCUCCUGAGCCAUGCGCGCAACAACUUGAACACCGCCAUCAAGGAUGCUGAGGGCAUGAUGUCAAUAUCGGAGGAGGCUGCCGCAGCUCGCGCUUCACUGGCGAACGAGAAAGAGCUCGUCCGGACCUUCGAGCGGUUGAACGUGUUGGAGGGCAAGCGGAGGUUCGCAUUGGCAGCCACCGGGAGCCGAAAAGCGGAGGCGAGCAGGCUCACGGAGUACUUCGAGGAGGUGAGCCAGACACGGGAGAUGUUCGAGGAGACGCUGUGGGGCCACAUCCGGGACUUCUUCAACCUGGCGCAGGAGAGUCCUCAGACGCUGGUGCGGUGCGCCAAGAUCGUGGAGAUGCAGGAGGUGAUUGAUGCGGAGGCGGCGCGCGAGGCGGCCGAGGCCGACAAGGCGAGCACGGCUGGGGGGGAUCCCCCUGGGACGACGGCGCCGCCCAAGCAGCCGCGCAACUACAAGACGCGCUGCUUCAGCGAACUAGAGCGGGGGGUGGAGGACCAUUUCCACGACCUGCUAAAUAACUUCAUCCAUGAGGACCUGAAAAAGGUGUUGGACGAGGCCAGUGCCAUUGCAUCGGAGCUGCCCGACAUCUAUGACUACGUCGCUCCGUGCUUUCCUCCCCAGUACGAGAUCUUCGUCUUCAUGGUCCAGCUGUACACGCAGCACUUGUCCACCAUGCUGCGCAAACUGGGGGACAAGGCGCAGGACCUCGCCAACAUCGACAUCCUCAAGGUGAUGGGCUGGAUUGCACGGUACCAAGAACAGCUUCUAGCUCUAGGAGUGGAAGAGUCCAAGGCGGAGAUCUUGGCGGAGUGCGGCGCAAUGGACCCCCUCAUGAACGCCUACGUGGACCGCAUGCAAGACUCGAUGCAGUCGUGGUUGAGCAACAUUCUGGAGGAUGACUGGAGCCGCCCCCCCAAGUUCAGCGACGAGGGCCGCUGCUGGACGCCGUCGGCGGUGGACUUCUUCCGGCUGCUGGGGGAGCAGGUGGCCACCGUGCAAAACAACUGCACCGGGAUCAUGGUCUACAAGGUCGCGCAGGCCGUCAUCCAGGUUAUGAACGACUUCCAGGCAGCGGAGCGGCGGCACAUGGACGAGCCGGUGAUGGAGAUCGGGCUGGAGCACCUGUGCGCGCUGGUGAACAACAACGUGCGCUGCUACGACCUCGCGAAAGACCUCUCCGAAAACAUCAUGCACUCCCUCCCCGACUACUACGCAGAGCAGAUCCAUUUCGAGGACACGUGUCGAAACUUCCUCGAUAUUGCCAAGGAUGCCGUGCAUCUGACGCUGAAGCUCAUCUUCGAGGACCCCGGAGUAAGGAGCAUUCUGCAGGCACUCUACCAAAACGAUUGGUACCAGGGGUUGGUCACGGAGACGCUGAUCGAGACGUUUCGGGACUACUUCGGCGACAUCGAACGGUUCAUCGAGGAGCGGUCCUUCCGGCGCUUUGCGGAGGCGUGCCUGGAGCGGACCAUCGUGGCGUACGUCGACGCGCUGCUGCUGCAGAAGAACUACGUGAAGGAGGCGACGCUGGAGCGGAUGGGCAAGGACGAGUACCAGAUCAACGACUUCUUCAAGGUGCACGUCAACGAAAAGAAGGUGGAGAAGCGCGUGCAGCCGCUGGCGGAUUUGCGCGAGCUGAUCAUGUCGGACAGCUCCGAGUCGUUCGAGCUCAACUACACCACGCUCCUGCAGAACCACCCCGACUGCCCCCCGGAAGUUGUUGCGAAGCUCGUCGGCUUCCGAGAAGACAUUGCCAAGGCGGACAAAAAAGAGGUCAUUGCCCGGUGUCAAGAGAUCUUCCAGGCCACGCUCAAGGAUGGCGAGGGGCCCAAGCCGGGCCUCAUCUUCAGCCAUCUCACAGCAAUACCCCGCCCAAAACUCACACUUAAAAAGUAGAGCCUCCAGAUGCUAGAGGAUGUGCCGGUAGUGACUUCAGUUUAUUUGAAUCCAGCAAGAUGCAACCAUGUCGUGCACUUGCAAAAUUUUACGCCGUUGCCAUUUGCCUAGCUUGGAACUUCGGAAUAUAAACGUCUUUGAAUAAUGAAGCCGCACAAAGCUGCACAAUCCAGAACUGUCGCAAAUCUAUGUCACAAGAAAGGCGGCCACAUAUUCAAGCGUACGUUCAUAAUACAGGCAAGUCGAUGCGCGAUGUUUCGAGUGCGCCUAUUGUUACCGCCGAAUUAGUAUCCAAUUAUGGGACCGAGG